UACAGGAGAUGGACCAGAGACUGCGGACAUAGUACAGAAGAUGACCAGAGACUGCGGACAUAGUACAGGAGAUGGACCAGAGACUGCGGACAUAGUACAGGAGAUGACCAAAGACUGCGGAUAUAGUACAGGAGAUGACCAGAGACUGCGGACACAGUACAGGAGAUGGACCAGAGACUGUGGACACAGUACAGGAGAUGACCAGAGACUGCAGACAGUACAGGGGAUGACCAGAGACUGCGGACACAGUACAGGAGAUGACCAGAGACUGCGAACAGUACAGGAGAUGACCAGAGACUGCGGACACAGUACAGGAGAUGACCAGAGACUGCGGACAUACUGCAGGAGAUGACCAGAGACUGCAGACAUAGUACAGGAGAUGGACCAGAGACUGUGGACACAGUACAGGAGAUGACCAGAGACUGCGGACAUACUACAGGAGAUGACCAGAGACUGCGGACAUAGUACAGGAGAUGACCAGAG